ACUGUCCCUUAAAUGCAGCGUUAGACUCCGCCCAUAGCGGAAGAGGCUGCAGUUACGGAUGGCGUAGAAGUGUGUAAACGAGGAGACUAACUUCAAUAAGAAGGGACAUCAACCACUAGACUUGAGCUCAAAUAAUAAUCACAGCCAUGUUGGAGCCCCAGGCUGAUCGGAUCAUGGCACUCUCAGAAUGGGAGGGACGCUGGACGCAGGGCAGGACCGCUUUCCAUAAGACUACAGUACACGAGAUGCUGGAGAGAAACAUAGAGAAAGUCGUAGCUGGACGCACGGGAGUUCGCUUCUUCUUUCCUCUCUGUGGAAAAGCCGUAGAUAUGAAGUGGUUAGCUGACCAGGGACAUUCAGUGGUUGGAGUAGAGAUAAGUGAAAAGGCUAUCAAAGAGUUCUUCCAGGAGAGUGAGUUGACCUACAGUGAGGAGUCUGUUCCUGCUAUACCUGGAGCAAAGGUGUACAAGAACCUGGAGAAGAAUAUUUCCCUGUAUCAGUGUGACCUGUUCUCUUUCUCCAGCUCUGUGGGGGGGCAGUUUGGAGCAAUUUGGGACCGAGGAUCUCUGGUGGCCAUCAACCCAAGAGACAGAGAAAAAUAUUCUUGUCUGAUACUUUCUCUGAUGGCCAAAGACUGCAGAUACCUUUUGUCCACUCUGUUGUACAAUCCUGAAUUAUAUAAAGGUCCACCUUUUCUUGUGCCUAAUGAGCAGCUGCACAGCCUGUUUGGAGGCAGCUGUGAUAUUGAGCUGCUGCAGUCAGAAGAGUAUCAAGAAGAAAAAUAUCGAAGCUGGAGGGUGGACUCUCUGUCUGAAAACGUUCACCUCAUCACUUUUAAACGUAGUUAAACCCUGGUCCAGUAGGUUAAGGGUCAGAUAAGCUCAGCUCGGGUCAUAGCUACAUUUAUACAUAACCUACAGUAUGGACAAUAACUCCUUUCUUUCUGAAAUAAAACUUUGAUGCAAUUGAAUUUUAAAAUA